AUGGAGGAUAUCCAAAUCCAAAUAAAUGUUUUGAGUGUAAAUGUCCUCACGGAUUUUCUGGGAAAUUGUCUUUCCAAAACUAAAUUUAAAAUAUCUUCUCCAUCACACCCAAAUUUGUUCCCUUCAAAUGUUGACUGUAUUUGGCUGUUAAAAGCCCCUCCCGGAGGGCAUAUAUUUUUGCAAUUUUCUUCAGAACAUUUUUAUUAUUCUUGUGAAGAUACUUGUGACAAGUCUUUUAUUGAAUUAAAGACUGGGCCAGAUUUUAGAAUUACUGGAUAUCGGUUAUGUUGUUCUGUUGCUCCAAAAAAUAUUUUUCGUUCUUCUAGUUCAGAAAUGAUUGUUAUACAUUCUGGACAGGGACCUUCAAGUGAAGGAUUUUUGGCUUAUAUUUGGAGUGAUUUGGAUUGGGAAAAGAAGCCAAAUUCAAUAAAGGAGACAACUCUAGGGCCAACAACUUUAAAAAUAAAUAAAGAGAAGGAAACUGCAACAGAAACAACAGAACCACCCACUACAACAACUGGUACAACUGAAAGUUUCAUUGAAAAUACGACAGAAGGAAAGGAAAAUGUUUUCUCGUCUACAACUUUAACAGAAUUAAAAACAACCCCAACAUUACAAAUAAAUAAUUGUUUAAAUUGCGACAAUUGGUCCUCUUGGGAAGAAUGUACACAAAUAUGUGGGGGGUGUGGAAAAAUUAAAAGGAAAAGAAUUUGUAAUAAAACUACAAGUAUAAAUUGUCAAACUGAAGAAAAAAGAAUAUGUAAUCAAAAUGCUUGUCCGGUUGGAACGAAUUUUUUGUUUAGCAAUGGAGAAUUUCACCUUCUUUGGAAGGGCUGCUGUUUUGGCCUAUUUCCUAAUAAAAUUGACAGUAAUUUAACAGAAUGUGGACCUUUAGAAAAUAAUGAAAAUAUUUUUAUGAAAAUAUUAUCUUCUUUGCUUAUUUCACAAGACGGAAGGAAAAAUAAUAGGAAUGAAAAAAUGAGAAAAGGAGAACAUUAA